AUGCCUACAAUCCAAGCUAGCGGUAUCAAAAGUACUACUACACUGGCAGACUCGAGACUGCUGUCUCUUCUAAUCCCCCCGACCCCCCCCAACCGUGAUGGGAUAGCAAAUGGCGAGUUGGUUGAGAGGGCAGCGAGGGCUAAGGCUGGUUUGUCUAGGGUAGGGUGGUCGAGGUCCAGACCAUCGAGCACGCACUUGGUCAGUGACAUAGUUACGAGGCAGACAGACAGACAGGCAGACAGACAGACAGGUAGACAGACAGGCAGACAGACAGACAAGACAGACAAGACAGACAGACAGGCAGGAAACAGAAUAGACGGUCGACCGAAGUCCGAAGUCCGAAAAACCCAUGGCCCCGGGAUCAAUAAAGUUGAGGACCCUGAAAAGCAGAAUCGGCCCAGAACAGGCCCAGAACAGGCAGUAAAAAGUGCUAUGCCCAUGUAUAGCAUAGAUCUACUGAGGCCACGCGGGAGAAGCCAGGCACACAGUCCAGCUAUCGACCUAUACAACGACCAGAGUGACGUGCCGUGCUGCCGAAAGCGGUUAGACUGCCUGGCGAACGUGGCAUGUCCCGGUGCAGGUUGUGUAAUCUAUACCACUCUAUUCAUGCAUCUUGUACUUAUUGUCGUCGUCGAACAGGCUUGCGAUGAGCCUCAGUUAAAAACACGACGAACACGAGCUGGCCUAGAAUCAACCCCGCAGCUAAUGGGAGAUAUUGAUUUUGUUGAGCAUGCACGCUGCCGUCUGCCUGCUGGCGAAGGGGCAAUUGGAAAGUGA